AUGGUGGUAGGUUAUGAUUCAGAAGGGUGGUUUUGUACAGAUCUCACCUCUAUCUUUGUUUCAACCAUAAUACAUAACAAGGAAAAGAAAGAAGUAAGAUCCAAGAAUAACUCUCUCCAGCGGCUACCGCCGGCAAACUCCGAUCGUAGCCGUCCUCCAAUGCUACAUCCCGACCCACUAAAAAAAGGGGAAAAGAAGAACAUCAUAAGGCACAAACUCUCCUUGCCGAACAACACCGUGAUCUACUCCCUCAGGUUGUGUUCUUCGCUCCCGUUCACAUGGAUAUCACCACAAGUCAGUCACGAUUCAACCACGACCGCACCUGAUCCGGAUCCUCCGACGGUUCUUCCCGCUGCUCCCUCCGUCAAAGCCUCUUCAUCCGAACCACCGACGAACAACAACCACGAGCUCCGCCGCGCCACUCCCAAGCCACAAUCCGCUCGACGCCUCUGA